AUGGGUCACGCCCUGUCAACAUAUAAGGACCCGGAAUCUAUGCCGGAUAUCUUCACGGGCCCAGUUUUUGACCCAGUUGAUGGCUUUCCUGAGGGUCGCAAGCGUCGAGAGUUCAUACUGACUGAGGAAGAAAUGAUAGCUGCAGGACUAAAACCAUACGAACGAGAUUACUGCGCUCACCUUUUGCUCGCUUUCAGGAAAUGCGGAGAUGAACAUGUUAUACCAGCUUUUUACUGUUCCGAUCUGAAACAUAAAUAUCAUCAUUGUAAAGAAAGUGACCUGCUGCAUCGAAUGAAGGAAUACGAACGCGAACGCCGUCUUUUACACAAGCGUACAUCAAUUUUAGAAUGA